AUGCCACCUGGCGAGCCGGUCGCCACCGAUCCGGAGCAUGAUGAGGACUUCGAUCGAUUCUUAAACAAAAAAAGUAUGAAGCUGGUAUUUAACCUGUACUAAAAUCAAUAUAAGUUCCAGAAUAUCGUUCGAAGUUCAUAAGUAGUGACUGGUUCGUAGAACCACUUCUCAAUUUCGAUGCAGAUAACUCUGUAAGACCAGCAUUUAUCAGUGAGCCCGAGCAAAAACUAUUUAUUUCAGGCAAUGGAGCCCGUUUACGAGGCUGUGAAAUACUGGACACAGAUAGCAAAAGAACUGAAAGAAGUAAAUUAUCCGAUCGCCGAGGGAAUUGACAACUUCACAAAGUUCGACUCUGAAACUAGGCUGAAAGCACGCAUGCUCGACGAUUUCCUCGAUUUGCUCAUCACACCGAGCUUGUUCACAGAAGACAAAGGCUUUGAAGUACUCCAAGUGCUCAUAGCUCAAGGAGAUCAGUACCUGGAUUUCACGCAGAAAAGUGAGCACAAAACAUGGGAGUCUUUCUCAAAACAAAAAUACAAAGUGAUGUUUCAGUGGCCGACGUCGAUUUCUCGUUAAAAUGCAAUACAAUCUGGGAGAAUGACGCGGUCGCCUAUCGGUGUAACACAUGUGCUCUCACUCCUUGUAAGCUUGGAAUAGAGUUCUGAAAAAUAAUAUUUUCCACAGGCAUGUCACUCUGCGAAGCUUGUUUCGAUGCAAACGGCCACGCAGGUCACGACUACACCCGCUUCUUCUCGCGAGAAGGCGGAGCAUGCGACUGUGGCAACCAAGACGUCAUCCGAAAACAAGGAAACUGUCCGAAUCACGGAGACGAGUCCAAAAGACCCAAAUACGACAUGAGCGACGUGUGUCUUGCGGAGCACAUCGUCACGAAACUGCUAGUCCGACUGUUCCUGAGCUGCAGAGGAUGGGUCAGUCAUUUCAUAAUCUCACUUUUUUAUAAAUUCCUGAUCGCAUUUUCAGUAUGCGCGAUACAAGGAAGAAGAAGCAGCUUAUCACGACGAAAUUGUGGAGCCGGGGGCCCGUCGACCGGUUUAUGAUUUGGGACUUUUCACGGAAAAGGAAGCGGCGAAACCGAACAAAGUGAUUGAUUUCCUUCAAGAAUGCUCGAAUUACGGAGGUCCGAUGCGGCUGAUCGUUGCGGAAGUUCUCCUGAACAGAGAAUUGUACAGGGCGUUGACUGAAAAGACUGGCGACCAUUACGAUGGUAUCCAUUCAUUCGUCAACUUUCACGAAUAUUUAUUUUCCAGAGACGGGUCGCGUUGAAGUCAGUCUGGAUUGGCGCACUCGCCUUUCCUUCUAUGACGAUCGGAAGUCGAUGAUGAUAGACCCACGUUACGCUCACGACUUCCCAUUAGUCAGAAGCGUUGAGGGGACCGAGUGUUUUUCCCUUCUCGAUGAACUCAUCUUCUGGAUAUGCAGAUUGCUUUUCCCGCAGAAUAUUGUCAACUUCGGGCUGAGCAUGCUCUCGGAACCCGGAUAUCGAGUAAGAUUGCGUUUUAGAUUCAUCGCUUGUGAGAAUGGUAUUUCAGGAUGCAUUCGCAUUACGCUUCUUCGCCUGGUAUCCUCUCUGCGGCAAAGUUAUCAGUGAUCUGUGUGCCAGUCAGGCGGUGCACUCCCGCGACGACGACAGAGUGUCUCCUGCUUGCAGUCGGGCAGUUCAUGUCACUGUUCAGGUGCGAAUCACUUCCGAACUCACUUCGAGAACGUUGUUUUCUGUUACAGAUGCUUUCCUCGGCCUCUCUCUGCGAUGAACUGAACAAGAGCGUGCAUCUAGUGAGGACUAUUUUCGACGUGACCCGGUUUUUGGUUUGCCAAAAACUCACAGAGUCUAACCUUUCACUGAGUGGGUCAAAAUUUAGAAUGGAGAGUAAUAAUAUAGUUUUCAUACAGGACCAGAUGACAUCUUCGUACGCAACUUUUGGCCUCGCAGAAGUGACUGGAAUGUUAUGAAAAUGUCCGGAAAUACAGUGAGCACUCGAUUAUCUGUUCGGUUGUCAAUCACAGCUUCUUGCAGGCGGUAAGUCAACACGGCUACUGGUUCGUCAUGGGCGACAUUCAAAAUGUGCUGACGCACACAGCCCUGGCCGUCGGAGCAGUGCUUGAUGACGAAUGCUUUGGCAAAUCGUACAUGAAGGGAAUGUGUCAGAUGCAGGGAAUGAAUCACCUCGAGAGGAUUGUAGAGGGAGAUGCAAACGAGCGAGACAUCGGAGAGGAAGUGCAACGGGCGUACACGCUGGAAUUCGAGACUCUUGCAGUCACUCUCUUCAACAUUGUAGCGGCGAUUCAAGAGGAAAACAGCGUGCUCGCGGCGUGUCGGUUCUUUGAUCAUGUGAAAGCAAAUCUGGAGAAGUGGUUCGUCCAUCUCUGUCCAUUUAACAAUAAUCGGACGGAAGUGUGGGGGAGCAUCGAGAGGGCACAAAUGUACGUCGUCUCGUUCCACAUCCCCCUGCACAGGUGACAUUACCGCUUUGUUCCUUUUCCAUUCAUCUGAUUUCAGGCACAUGUCCACUGCUCUCACGCACUUCAUGGAGCUCGACGGCUUCUAUGAAUACGUCUAUGAGAAUCUCAUCUGCGACGAAGCGUUCAUCCGUCUUCUCAUCCUUCAUCCCCUCCGAAUCCAAGUAGCACGUGCCGAGAUCAACUGCGGAAUGUGGGUGAGAAACGGAGGACAGGCACGCAUGUCCUCCCUUAUCUAUUCGCAAUGGAAUGUCACCAGCGCAUUUCAAACUCCAGACGUGGACCUGAUCAGGUGAGAAUCCUCUCGAAGUUCUCAAACCUCGAAGUAUACGAUUCACUUCAGAUUCUGUGCUGCUCACAUCGAUAAGGAGUACUUUGUCCGUGUCCUCACUCUCGCAUUCAAUGUGAUCGAGAAGACAGUGUACAAUUCUGGACUUCCACCGAUUUUCACUCCGGAGCCGGCACUGAAGCUGUUUGCAGGUCUCGUCAUCGCCAGAAAUCCGACAAUACGACAGCUGAUCAAAAGCCAGGAGCUGGAUGUUUUUUGUGAUUGGCAGGUCGAUCAGAAGUUGGCAUACGACAAUCUGAUCCGUUAUGUGACUGAAAAACCACUCAUGAUCGAGGCGCUCAUGCAGAACAUGCCUGAUGCGUUCUGCGAAAAAGUGGAGCUGGACGAGAACAAGAAGAAAAUGCUUAUCGAGUGAGUUGGAAAAGGAUUAGUUCAGGCACGGACUUUUUUGUUUUCAGUUACACAAUCGGCACUUGCUCACGGACAGUUCUCUCUUUUCCUGCACACAACAAUGCUAGAUCGGAUAGCUUGUAUGCUCGAUUGCGCGAGCAGCUACCCGGUAUUGUACCUGACGGGAUUCACCCUGAACGAGAAGAAUUCGUGCGAAUGCUGAACAGCAAGUUCCGCACAUACGAAGGAGAAACUAAGCCUCGCGAAGCAAUACUGUUCCAAUCCGAAUGGAUCGAUCCAAUGUACUGGGGAAUGUUUAAACUGGUCGCCGAGCUCAUCGUCAUUCGGGUCAAUUCGGGGGCCACUCCAGAAGAACACUAUCGAGCCGAAAUGGUGAAUUGUAUGGCGAUGGGAAACGUUUCUUACUCUAGACUACGCGCUUCAAUUUCCGAGAAAGGAAGUCGUGGAAGCGAGCUGAUUGAUAAACACUUUGAAAGAAUCCUGAACGAGAUCGGAGACUUCCGAGAGCCGAACGAGGCAAGUAACUACCUGCAACAGGGCAGUUAUCAGCUGAAGACGUCCGUCUGGGACACCGAACUCUGUCCUGUCUUCUUCCUCAUGAGAUCGACAACAACGAAGCAGGCGAGAGAGGUUUUCUCGAAAAUGGAGAUUCGCGAACGGAAGAACGCUGUCGCCACUGGAGCGUUCCCUGACAACGAUGUAAAAUAGAGGACGCCUUCUGGGUGCCGUUCCGAUUGAUUGACUUCGACAAGAACCUUCGGCAUCAAGGAAUUGCAAGUAUUUAUUCGAUUCUGCUCACCGAACGCUUCAUCAUCAACUGCAUCUCCGUUCUGUACAUGGACCAAGAGUAUUCUACCGCUUUCCACGAGGCAACCGUUCAAAUGGCCGUCUUUAUGCUGACGCUCGGAGUGAAGUACGCGUCAGAAUACGAUGGUCCAGAAGACGUGAAGCAAUACGUAAAAAAUGUCUAUCACAAGCCAUUCACUCUUGUGAGGUUCGAUAAAGAAGAGCAAUACACGGUCUGCUCGUUCAUGGCCGGAUUGGUGGAGAAAGAAGCGAGGAAAAAAGACUCUUUUGUGCCUCUUUUCCGAAAUAUUCUGGCCGGAAAGUACGACGAAAAGAAGAUUACGGGCGGUCGCAUGAUCUAUCUCGCUCGUUUCCUCACAAUUCUCGCGAAGCUUUCCAGUGCGUGCCGUGUGAUUAUUGAAGAAAAACUGAAAGAUGAACUGGAUCUGAUCAGCAGAAAAUCACGGCAAGACACGAAGACGAAACAAGCUGAUCCAGCGAAAGAGGAAAUGAAGAAGUUGGCGAAGGCGAGAAUGGCGGCUAUAAUGGAGAAGACGGCUGCGAGGAGCGCACGGACGAUGGAGAAGCUGAUGAAAUCGGAGGGGAUGACGCCUGAAGAAUUGGGCAGUGUGGAUCCGAGUCAGCAGAACCGAAAGGUUUACGAAUGCCCGAUUUGCGGAGAAAGCGACGCGCCGAACACUGUCGAGAAUCCGUUCGGAAUGCUCGCGAAACUCUCCACCAAUUUCCUCUGCGAAGAGCAAAUCGAUGCGAACUGCGAACCGUACGAAAAUCUUCUGGAUAUCGAUCCAGAAACGAUGAGCAGCUUCCACAGAUGGUCACUCGAAGGUACUGUGUGAAUAUGAGAAUGAAGCGGAGCGAGGGUUCCAAAUGGGCGGAUGUGAGCAGAGUGGAUCCGCCGCUGACCGGAACUGACCUGAAGACGUGCGGACACACAGCUCACAUGACGUGUUUCAAUGCGUAUCGAGCCUCAUUGGUAAGCUAGAGAACGUGCCAUUAUAACAAUAAUCCCAAAAAAUUUCAGUACGACGGACGCCAACGGACAACAGAACGCCGAGAAGUCGGAUGCCCACUCUGUCGUUACACUGUUAACAUAAUCGUCCCGAUGAUGUUGGAUAAACCCUACGUGCCGCUCAAGACUCCGCCCUCCCCAUUGUCGCAUUCUGACGUCUGGAAAACUAUGAAAACGAUGGUUACGAAGGCAAGAAUGCCUGCUUUCGAUGUCGAUCCCAAACAUAAUCCCUGUUUGGUGGAAACGUAUAUCCGGCAAGACGAACGGAACGUCAGGCACGCGGCAGUCUACAGUACUCGAGACGGCGGUGGACUGUCUGAAGUGUGGUCGGGGCGACAGCAAAGUGCGGACUGGACAGAACGGAAAUCGAGUCGGGAGAGUUGCACGGUGAGUACGGUCAUGGUGUCGAUGGCGGCGACGAUGGUGGAAAGAUCGAGUCUUCUGCGGAAGAUGGGCGUGCCCGAGAGGCGGAAGAAUGCAAGGAAGAGUCUAACAGGUGAGAAUACUGCUUACUUCAAUUUAUGAAUGCAUAAUUGCAGAGCACAUAAUGGCGGCCACAGUUGCCACUUCCAAAGAUGUCGAUUUCGAUGUGACAGUCUCCGCAGUGACAAGUCUCCUCGCAAAAGUAUCCGAAACGCCGAACAUGUCCGAAGCGCCAGUAAUGAGUCUGACUGAACGGCUAUCAUCGUCGCGGGCGAGCACUUCCUCUUCUUUGAAUCCCCCGGAAGAAGUGGACGGUCUGACAGCCACUGAGGUGAUUGCGAUGGCCCUCAAGCAUACACGGAAACGGGUAGCUGAAGAAGAUAACGAUCACAACAAAGUGCCGCUCUUCAUGCUCGAACCCAAAACGACGCUCGUUCGGAUUCUCUCCGUUCUCAUCGACAAUCAGGGAGUCACUAAGGAAGUGCAACAAGAUAUCGCAAGAAGCUUAAUCUCAGCGGCCAUUUGUUGGGUCACCGCCCGGACGAUUCUGAGUAUUGUUCUCCGGCUCCACGAACAAAAAAUUAGGUCACUCGCUGUUGGAGAACUGAAAUUCGACGGUAUCUCGGAGGAGUGGCAGUUGAUUGCACAGAACGUCGCCAGUUCGUUAGUCAGAAACACGGACUUCUUCAAUUUGCUGAUGCGGUACAUGGCGUCACCCGUUACAGAGCCUAAUGAUUCUGAAAUUGGCAAAACCAUCGAAAUCGUUCUCAUCGAUUAUCUUCGCUUCGCCUCCGAACUUCUCUUCCAUUGCAAUCUGGGCUCUCUAGCCGACGUGGAGUGCAUUCAUGAUCCGAAAAUCGGAUUGGGAGAUGCGAUGUCUCUCAUGAACAUUAGUAAGUUUUCAAAGUUUUAUUCAUCAUGUAAACGAAUUAACUUUCCAGAAACUGACGAUUUCCAGCUGCCAUCAAAAGCCAGUUAUUGGACGUUGAUGUACAGGCCCAGCUUGACGUGGAUGUCCCAAUUGGCCAAUGUGGUAAGUGAAGGCUUAAUCCAGAAUUUGAUCUUGACUGGAGGAUUCUUUGACGGAGCCCACGACUAG